AAACCAACCAGGAAGUUAAACAAAGUAGGAAACGUUUUCAUUUCUGCGGAGCGCCCAAGAAGUUACGAGGCUGUUUAAAAACUACUUUAACAGGCGGUAAAGUUUGGAUUAUUUGUUGGAUAAAUCUGAUCCAGACGGUUUCGGUCAGAGGAUAUCGGAUCCGUCAAGAUGGACUUUGAUCCGGAGGUAGGAGUAUCCACGGAGCCCCAGGACAAGGUGUCUGCCCUGAAGGAGCAAGUGGAUGGGGUCAAGAACAUUAUGACCCAGAAUGUGGAUCGUAUCCUGGCCCGAGGAGAGCGGCUCGAUGACCUCAUGGGCAAGUCCGAGGACCUGCAGGCCGGGGCACAGACCUUCAAGCAGACAUCCACCAAAGUAGCCCGCUCAUACUGGUGGAAGAAUGUGAAGCUAGUGGUGGUCAUCAUCGUGGUGGUCCUCAUAAUCAUCCUGAUCAUCAUUCUUCUGGCCACUGGAGUCAUCCCCACAAGUGCCCCUAUCCCGCCCAUAGCCCCUACCAAGAAGCCAUAAACGUUGCAGUAUCAAUACAAAUGCAUAGACUUUAAGGCAAGUUUAUUUGUAUAGCACAAUUCGUACACAAAGUAAUUUUAUCACUCUUGCCUUCUGAAGCCUUCACUGUUACCGUUACGUAUACAGUUAAGCCCAACAUAAAAUGGUGUAAUAGGAAGGGAUGCAAUUCUACAAGUCACACUUUCUAAACUCAGUGGUUCUCAAACUUCUCACACCAAGUAUAUUGUUAAAAUGCAUCAUUGGGGUAAUGAGUUCUAGGGUCUGGUUAAUGAUAGAAAUAUCCAAAAGCAAAAUUCUCAAAUAAACCUGAUCAUUUCAAAUAAAACACAAUGUUAUCAAUUCAUGUGUUUCAGGCAUUACUUCCUGAUUUGAAAGAUUUGGCAUGGCAAUGAACCUCCGGUGUUACGGCAAUUCAAAUCAAAAGAUGAUGUUUUGAAUGUGUUUCCCAAAAAGUUCUUCCUCCAGGAGUGUGAUUCUUACAUUUAGAAUCUGAACAUCUCCAUAUGUCUAUAUAUCUACAUCUAAAGGAGGACAAAAUGUGGAUUAAAUAAACUCUAAAUCAAGCAGGUAUUUGAAACAUGGAUGCAGAUUCCUCUGCAGUUCAGUUUGAUAACCACCACACUAACUUGUUUAUUAGUAAAACAUUGCCAUAAGUCCAACAUUUAGCUUAUUGUAUGACAUCCUGCCACUCCGCAAGAACUAAAUAAAUGUAACAGUCACAUAGAAAGCAGUGGUAGACCUUAUAUUUAUCUUUCAAAGACACCAAUCCCUUUUCCCAGACACCAUGACUCUUGGUUGUAGUUUAAAGCCAUAUGAGUAAAUUUGGGCUUCACUGGAUUCGUACUGCAGUGCUUUGGUCAGAACCGACCUAAAUCAAUGGUGUGGGUGUUGCUGACAUUUUUGCCUCUUUAUGCAGUUACAUUGGCCUUGGAAAUGCAUCCAGAGUCAAUUUAUGAAGGGUUUCAGUCUAGUUUUGCACAUUUGAAAAUGGUUGUAAAAAGGUGGUGAAUAGUUGUAUUCAGAUUAGAUAAUAAGUAGAUAAAAUAAGAUAAUUUUAAACAUUAAUUUUAUUGCUGUUAUUAUGGUAUAUACUUAAUGAUACCAAACCUAAUUUCUUUAAGCUAUGCUAACCUAUAGUAUGGAUAACAGUUGUUCAGCUAUGGUCAUUUGAAAGUGACAACAGCUGCUGUCAAUUUAGAGCAUGUUAAUGUUAAAAAUGUUGUAGUCUUUUUUUCCUCAACAGUUGUAGGUUUUCUUUGCCUGGCAGCAAAAUAAAACUGUCAACACUAUUUUGCUUGUAAACUGUUAACAAAAGAGGAAGUUGCUAGGUCCCACCUUUGAGUACAGUGGCCUAUAUUGGACAUUUGGUUGUCUUUUCGAAUGCGUUCGCCUUGAAAUGCACCUUUUUAUAUUUUGAGAAAUGCAGUGUCUAAAACAAACCGUAGCAUUGGACUUAGCCAGGGAUGUCUUUUAGCCUGUUACCACAAAAUGGAGCAAAUCUAGUGGGCUUCCAUUUUGUCUGUAAUGUUUUUAUUAAAUUAAAUUCAAGUGCAACAUUGAUGCUUUUGUAACACCCAACAUCCUUAAAGUAAAGUGCAGUUUAUAUGAUGGUAAUAGUUUCAUUUAACUUAAAGGUGCUGUACCUGAUUUUUACUUUCUUAAAAA